CAUUGAUACGGCGGUGUGUAUGCUCGGGCGCAUCAACAUUUUCGCGCUUCCCGUCAAGCUGAUUUUUGGCGGGAAGAGAGCGAGAAAUGGCGACCUCCGUCUACUUGGCUCGACGUUUGUUUUCGGUAACGCGUGAGUGGCUCUACCUGUGUUCUUCGGCGGAUGGCGCAUUGGUGUGUCGCAGUUUCCUGCGCUUCUUCUGGACAAUGCGAAAGCCCAGUAGUGGUCAGCUGGAGAGCGGAUGAAAUGGGGCCGCCCCCCGGCUCGGGACGCGUUCGCUGCAGCGGUGCCGCCACCGUGGGUGCCCCACCGGAGUGCGCGCACCAGCCGCAACACCUCGCCGCCGUGUGCCCCGACAGACUCGGACGUCUCGAGCGCGCACGCGGCGCCCCAGGGGACGACGCGGCGCCGGCCGAGCAGCUGCGCGUGGACGGCGUGUCGAGCCGGCCGCUGCCGGCGCUGAUGGUCGCCGGGCUCGCGGCCGGAGCGGCGCUCGGCUUCGCCGUCCGCGCCACCGACAACCGGUGGACCAAGCGGCAGGUCGUCUACGUCGGAUUUCCGGGCGAGCUGUUCCGCCGCAUGAUAUCCGGCGUCAGCCUCCCGCUCGUCAGCGCCGGCGCCGUGGCCGCGCUGGGCAGCAGCCGCCCGCCCGCGCUGGGCCGCGUCGCCCUGUGCGCGCUGGGCCUGUCGCUGCUCUGCAAGUGCCUGGCCGCCGCCGGCGCGCUGGGCCUGGCGGCCUUUCUCUCUCCGGGAAACACGGUGCGGCUGGACGUCGAGGCGCCCAAGUCCAGGCCGAGCGUGAGCCUCUCCAAUGUCGCCAUCGACAGACUGCUGGACUUCGUGAGAAACCUUUUCCCGUCCAACAUCAUUGCGGCGCACGUGUACACGCUCUUCACCGUGCAGAUUGACACGACUGAUGAAAUUGCGCUUACGGGACGAAGUGAGGGUGGCUCGCUGGGGCCCGAUCCGGUGUUCACGUCGCUGGAGAACGCAAACCUGACGGGCGUCCUGUGCUUCUCCGUGCUGCUGGGCCUAGUGCUGUCGGCGUUCCGCGACGAGCAGAACGUGGUGCUCAACGUCUUCGUCAGCCUGAGCAACACCCUGAUGGCGGCCACGCACAUGCUGCUGUGGUUCUCGCCCGUGGGACUCUGCUCCGGCAGCAUGGCGCUGGUGCUUGGCGCCGGAGAUUUGCAGCCCUCUCGCCACGCUGCGUACACAGGGCAGAAAGCAAGGAAGCAAGGUUCCAGCCACAUGCAGCAGGAGAAGCGUCGCACCAUGCCUCUCCUGAGUUACAAGGUUCAGCUGCACAGCCACCUGGACACGUACAUGCGUCAUGAGACCAUCUGGGAGCUUUCACAACAAAAGGACCUUCGUCUGAAUUACAACACCGUUGAAGAUGUCCGGGAACAAACAAGACCUAAGAAAUGCACCAGCCUUGAUAGAUACCUAAAGGAAGUUCCUGCCUUCCUCAGGACCAUCCUGGGCGACCGCGAUGCCCUGGAGCGCGUCGCGUACGAGGCAGGCUUGGACCAGGCACGCGAGCGCGUGCUCUACAGCGAGAUGCGCCUUCCGCCGCAGCUGCUGGCCGCGUCCAGCACCGUUCUCCCGCUUGGCGGCUCGCCGGCCUCGGCGGUCAGCGGCAGGGACGUUGUGGACGCUGCGCUGACGGGCCUGCGCCGCGCCGAACAGGAAACCGGCAUCAAGCUCCGGCUCAUACUCACGUGCCUGCGCGGAACGCCCGAGUGGGCGCCCGAGGUACUGGACCUCUGCCGCGAGUACAGCGACCGGGGUGUGGUCGGCAUCGACGUCUGCGGCGUGGUCGCACAGCGAGCCGAGGACCGGCGGGCUGCGCCCUCGAUCGAGUACGGAGAGGAGAUCACCGAUCCGCGCAUCGUGCAGACAUUCCAGCGCGCCGCCUCCUGGGGCGUCCACCGAACGGCUCACGCGGGCGAGGCCGGUCCCCCAGCCACCGUGCUCAGGGCCGUGCACGAGCUUCACGCCGAGCGGAUCGGCCACGGCUACCGCGCCGUCCUCGACGGAGGGCUCGCCUACCGGCAAGCGCUGGCCGCGGACGUCCACUUCGAGUGUUGCCUGACCAGCAGCAUGCUCACUGGGGCGGUCGACCCCAACAGUGCCCACCCCGUGCUCAGGCUGCGGCGUGAUGGCGCGAGUUUCUCGAUCAGCGUUGACGACCCCGCCAUCACGCACACAAGUCUCGAAGAUGAGUACCGCCUGGCUCUCAAACUCGGACUUGGCCCAGGUGACCUACUGCAAUGCAACCGGUCGGCCAUAUCCGCCUGCUUCUUACCUGCAGAUGAAAAAUGGGAACUCUGGCAGAAAUUCAACCAACUGACAAAUGCGGUGAAGGCGGACACAUGAUGUGUGCAUUUUCUUUGAGAACACGAAAUAAAGCUCGCAGACACAUUUAAAAAUUUGCAGAAACGGCACUGAUAAUACUAUUCAGAAGGAUGAGUAAAAUUGGAUUUCUUUAUGGUGAGAAUAUAUUUCAUCACCUUGAGAUGGCACCAAUAACCAAAUCUCCGCAGAGGCAUUUAAACUAAAUUGUCUGCAACUCUGUAGAAUACAAAUUAUUAUUCAAAACGUAAAUGUAAUGUUUUACGUUAAUAUAAUUGGUAAUAAAGGAAAAUAAGUUCAGCUAAAGUGCGAACCACAGGGCAUAGCACAAGUAAGGUGAGUGCCCUGCCAUUGCUGUCUAGGUUGAAGUGGAGUUGCAUAAUAAACACUCAGUGCAUGAAAACGAGUUCAUUAUUAAAUAAGAACAAUAAUUAUAUUCGGUUAAUGUGACUGGCUGACGUUUAGAUGCAGUUUUGAUCUGCUUUUAAGACAGCUUUGACAUGCAAGUCACGAGUCACUUUUCACCCUCACCUUUCUGAUACCCAUAGCAUGUCAAUGCAAAAACACAAUGCGAAAGGUAUCCAUUGUGUAGUCCUUUAUUAAGUUUAUAAAAAUAUAUGACUCACUGAAACUGGCGGCACGCGGUUAGUAAAGCGCCCCCAUACAAAAGCAAAAUGUUAAAGAACAGAAACAGUCUCCUUAGCUACCACUCUCUCUGACAAGUGACAAAUGCAGCACCUUCGAUUAAGUACAAAACAUAUCCAGCCAUACACAAAGCACCAGGUAAAAGCCAGAAGCUGGAGUGUAAUUUAAUCACACUUGUCAAUAACAACAUCAAAGGAACACUGCAACGGCAGCUGCUUGCAGAGAGAGAGACUUAAGUACAUCUACAAAUAUAUGACACAAUCUCAAAGGCAUUUAGGACUGCAAAUUAAAGAUGCUGAUUGUUAAUAACAACUAGCUGCCCAUUCUUACAGAUAGCUAAACAUACAAGAGUAAAAAACAGGGCUGCAAUUGGCCACUUUCCAAUGUCUUAGUCGAGUUGAGAGCAGUUGUCAAUAGAGUGGUUAGCAACACAUCCACAACUGAGACGCUGCAUCAACCUUGGCUCUGCACUUGCUGCUUGUAGGCAUUGGGAACAGUCCGAAUAACUGCAGAUGAAAUCGAUGACUCUGUGUUCUGAAAAGAAGUACUUGGCACACGACAGGUGCGGCAAAUGUUGUACACUUGGUCACAGAAAAAUGGCUUAUUUCAGUACAAUGCAACUUAGUGGCUUCAUGCUAAUGCUUAACUACAGAAGCGUCAUGUCCUGCUUGAUGCAAUUCAACUUCAUCCAGCAGAAUAAGCAAAAGGCUAGUCACGGCAUCACGAGGGGCCUGAAGAUCUCAUUUCUCCAGGCCAUUAAUGAUACACCCAGUUGUUAUCUUCAGAGGCUCUGUCACAGGUAUACGAUACAACGAAUACUGUAAGAAGUCUGAAAGCAGUUGCACUUCACAAGGACUUUGCCAGUAUUUCACCCCUCUUUGCUGAAACUGGCACCUCCAGGCAGAAAGUUUGGUGACCAAGAGUUGUGCACACUCUUUAUAACCUGUGGCGCCUAGAGUGUAUCAACGAAGACAGGGCUAAUGCUGGAUGAUUAUGUCCAUCUGUGGACGAACCAUUCCUAAAGAUAAGCUGUCUCCGGUGGUGCAACUCCUCUGAAAGCUCUAAUACUACAGCUCCUAUACCUCAGUGCCCGUAAUCCCUAAUGGUAUUAUCAUUAGGGCACUGUCACAAUGUAAGCAAGUAGGCCAGUACUGUCUGUACAGGGUGUCAUCAGCAGCUCUGUCACAACAAAGGAACAAAAAGUGGUAGGAUACACGUUCUCAUCAUAUAUUCCAACAAUUGUUGCUUUCGUGUGGCAGAGCCAUCGACAUGUUCAUGAUGAUGCAGACAAUGUUCAUGAAUUGUUGCCGAGUGUGGCAGCGCAAUUAAUGUGCCACCACAGAUGCCUCAGGAAAUUGCACCUUUAGAAAAACUACCAUUAUACAUUAAACUACACUAAAAUUCUUGCAGGCACAUUGCGACCACCUUCCAGGUUCCUUUUCAUUUCUGUGCUAGAGCAAGGCAUUUAUCCGUAGCUGUGUUAUCUUCAUUGUGCACUUAAGGUUCGCUAGGACCCAGUCUUGUUCGAUCAUGCUUCCAGCAAGAGAAAAUUAUCACUGGAUGUAGGGGGGCUUUUUUUUAUCAGAAGUUCACUUUUCAUGUCAUUAACCGUUUUUUUGUUCAUAAACACGAAA